GACCAGUCCAUGUACCCGUCAAAAUGGCGUCUGCAGUGUUAAAUCUUAGUCGGGUCAUUAGAAAAACAGCGUUUUCACCCAGAUACACUGCAAACAUUGCUUACUUGUUAAAGAAAAAUGAAUUUCAUAACAGUUCAUCAAAAUAUGCAUCUUCUGAAAUAUGUAUGCCGUCCUUGUCACCGACAAUGUCAGAGGGAACUAUUGUGAAAUGGUACAAGAAAGAAGGCGAUGUGAUCAACGCAGGUGAUGUCUUAUGUGAUGUACAGACUGACAAAGCUGUUGUCUCCUUUGAUACUGAAGAUGACGGAAUACUUGCCAAAAUUCUGAAGCCAGAAAACACCACAGACAUCAAGGUUGGCACAUUAAUCGCCAUCAUGGUUGAGGAGGGUGAUGACUGGCAGAAUGUGGAGGUUCCCGCUGAAACAGAGGCUGCCCCAUCCUCUCCUGCUCCACCCACUCAAGACAAGCCAACUCCUGACACACCCAUCCAACCUCUAGCAGGGGCAACAAAGAUAGGACAUGAAGAAUUACAUGGGGCUGGUAUUGGCCCUUCGGUAAGAAAGUUACUGGAAGAGUAUGGAGUUCAUGUAAAAGACGUUCAGGGUGCAGGCCCACAAGGCAGAAUCACAAAGGGAGAUGUCUUAAAGGUAAUUAAAGCAAAAAAUCUCCAGAGACAGGCACCUCCCUCUGGUGAUGCUUCCCAGUCCCCACCCCCCUCUGGAGCACCUGCCCAACCCACCAUGGCUGACACAUCUGCAGCAGGGGGAUAUGUGCCCACACUUGUACCAGAAUUUGAUGGAGAAGAGUAUAUUGACAUCCCCAACACUGGAAUGAGAUCAACCAUAGCAAAACGUCUCACACUGUCAAAGACCACAAUCCCUCACUCAUACGCGACAAUGGAUUGCAAUGUUGGGCCAGUUACUUCCCUUAGAAAACAACUCAUAAAAGACAGCAUUAAAGUCUCUGUCAAUGACUUUAUCAUAAAAUCAGCUGCAUUGGCUCUGCAGAGGGUACCACAGGUGAAUUCUGUGUGGCAGAAUGAUGAACCAGCCUCCAUGUUGAAUGUGGACAUAUGUGUAGCAGUAGCCACAGACAAUGGCUUAAUUACGCCCAUAGUUCAAAAUACACCACAGCUCGCUGUAGACGAAAUCUCUUCAACAGUUAAGGAUCUGGCUGAGCGAGCCCGGGCAAAUAAACUUCAACUUCAUGAGUUUCAAGGAGGAACUUUCACAAUAUCUAACCUAGGAAUGUUCGGUAUUGGAGAAUUCUCUGCAGUGAUUAACCCUCCUCAGACAGCGAUCCUGGCUGUUGGCUCGUCUCGUCUAGCGAUUGGCCAGAAUGGCAAACCAGAAUCUCGCAUGGCAGUUACUCUAUCGUAUGAUGCACGAGUUAUUGACGAUUCAGAGGCAUCAUUGUUCUUGGAAGUUUUUAGAGACAUUAUUGAAAAUCCGAGUUUACUUGUGAGUGGACGGCCAGCUUCAAAGAGACAGGACAUAUUAUGAAGAAUGGUUUUAGAAAUAGGAUGUUGAAUUUGAGUGGUAAUCCAGCAUCAAAGAGACUGGAGAUAUUAUGAAGAAAGGAUUUAGAAAUAGGAUGAUAAAUUUGAGUGGUUGGCCAGCAUCAAAGAGACAGGACAUAUGAAGAAAGGAUUUAGAAAUAGGAAUUUAAAUUUUUAUUAAGAAGUUCAUUCGCAUGGAUGUAAAAUAAUGAAGUUAUUCUGUUUCUUUGGAUGCUUGAAUUGAAAGUUUUUUUCUAUCUAUUGACAUUGAUGUGGAGAUGAAUUAUACAUGUAGUGCAUUUCUUUUUGAUGAUUAAUCUCAAUGUUUUUACACAUCAUUCAAAUUAAAACAUUAGAUUAAAACUUUGUCAAAUAAGGAAGUGAAUCUAUCUUUUUACAUUAUAUUUAAUUUAUGAAUGUAAAGUGUUUCUAUCUUUUUGUUGGGGAUGAAUUAUUCUGCAAUUUCCUUUGAUAAUAUAUUUCAAAUUGUUUUAAAUAAUGAACAUCAGUUUUAAAACUUAAGGAUGCUAAAUUAUCAGAAUUAAGUCAGAGGUGCUGCUGCAUUUGGAAAACAAAGGAAAACACAGUUUUAAAAAUUAAACUUUCGGAAGAAAAAGCCAGAAUUAUUACACUGGUGCUUGGAUUAAAAAAGCUUUUGCAAGCCCUGCGAUAGUAAAUACAGUAAUUGAGCAAGCCAGUACAGGCUUUGCUAUUUCGACCACUGAACAUGUACAACGGCAUACAAGUGCAAAUACAAAACUGACUCUUUUGAUAGCUGGAGAGGAUAUUAACUGUAUGUCUGCUUGUUAAUUUAAGGCAUUGCUUCACAUUAUUUAUUUUAAUAUAAAAUGCUAUAUUUGUUCUUUUUUUAACAUCUCGGAGUAAAAAGCUAUUGGAAUGAAGUGAAUUUCGGGAUACAAUUCGGAAGUGGUAGGUCAUGCUUAAAGAUGAAUUAAGGGACAGUUUCUAAAAGGUUUUCAGACCGUUAAAUUGUUCUUAUGCUGUAUAUAAGUAACAUGGUUUAAGCUAACCUAGAAUUUAUCCUAUUUAAGGAUACACCAUUUAGUGUGCAGAUUUACCCAUUUCAACAUGCCAUAAUAACUAUAUUGAAUUAAGAUAAAUCCAUAAGUUUGGUAUCAUACAUAUUAAAGUGACACUCAGUAUUUAAAAUCAAUGUAAUACGCAUGUAAAACAAAAAUGAAUUUAGAGUGAUAAACCUUGAACUACUUGCUUAAUUUUGCAUUUACGGAAAAUACUUAUUACUGAUAACAAGGUGGUUACCAUGUAUUUAAAAGCUGAAAACACACAAAUAUUGUAUGACAGAUUGGUCCUAAAAGAUUUACAGUAAUCAUCUAUCAAGGUCUCAUAAGGUAAAAAUACCGUGUUUUCUGCACCUUUCUUCAAAACAUGAUAUCCUCCAUAAGAACCAUUGUUUUUGAUAUUUAUUCAUCCUUUGGGAAAAAUUAAAACAAUUGUGUUAAUUGUGGUACAUCUUAUUUAGGAGUAAGAGUGCAUCUUUAAAGGGAGCAGAAUGGCCUUUGGAGACAGCUAAAUACCCCAGUAUUUUUCUAUUUGUUCAUUCUGUGUUAUCCUGAAUAGAAUUAGUGCUUUGCUCUUGAUGUUGUCUGCAAUUAAGAAUGAAAACCUGCGUGUAUACUUGAGCUAUUCCAUCACUCAUUUCAGCUAAGAAAAAAUCAGCAAUAAUAAUGGUUUUGGUUAGUCAAUCUAAUAUUGAUAUAAUUUUAAUAAUGAAAAGAGAAUGUUCAAAAUACAGCACAAGCAGUAUUUGAAAUUAUUUUGAGUUUUGUUUGAUAUUCAAUUUCUUAAAUUGAACAUGAAAUAACAUAUUUCAUGGCAAGAACUGAAUAUUACUCUUAAAAUCUUCUCAAAUGGUGAUUAUUAUAUGUGGUUACCAGGCAUUCUAGUGAGUGAUGGAAUAUUUUGAGUUAUUGUUUUGACAUUUUGUUAUUGAUUGUAUCUUGUUUAAAUUACAUAAGUGCUAAUAAAAAAAA